CCCUCUGCGGCAGCCCCAGUGCGUGGGGUGGGGGUGGGGGGACCCCGGCCUCAGAGUUGCCCAAGACCCUGGGUGACUCCUCCCCGGGGACCCUCCCCUUCUGGGGCGCGUCAUUCUCCCCACCCUGGGUCCCGACCCGGGCGGCUUCUCGCACGCCCGGGACAAGUCCCAGCCACCUGCUCCGGAGCCCCGGCGCCCGGGCGCCAUCCGCGCGCGUCGGUGCGUGCGCCCAGGGCCCAUGGAGCCGCCCGCCAGCAAUGCCAGCUAUGCCAGCUGCGAGAACGGUUCCCUGAUCACCCUAUACUGCUCCUCCCAGCAAGUCCUAUGCCAGAUCGUCGGUGACCUCAACCCCCAGGCGCCCAGCAAUGCCACCUCUAUCAGCUGGCAUGAGAGAUUCACGAAGAACUACAGCUUCUACGUCGGCCUGGGUCUGGCCUUCCUGUCCAGCUUCCUCAUCGGCAGCAGCGUCAUCCUCAAGAAGAAAGGCCUCCUGCGUCUGGUGGCCUCGGGGGCCACGCGGGCUGAACCAUCUUUAACCCAGGCAUCAUCAUCAUCAUCAUCAUUGCUAAUAUUAUUGAGUAUUGACUAUGGACCAGGCUCUGUGCCCACCAUUGGACGGAGGCUACGGCUACCUGAAGGACGCGAUGUGGUGGGCCGGAUUUCUCACCAUGCCAUCCUUUCCUCCUAUUUCCUGGGAGAGAGUCUGAACCUGCUGGGGAAGCUGGGCUGUGUGAUCUGUGUGACCGGCAGCACAGUGAUGGUGAUACACGCCCCCGAGGAGGAGAAGGUCACCACUGUCAUUGAGAUGGCUGCCAAGAUGAAAGACACAGGGUACAUCGUGUUUGCUGUGCUGCUGCUGGUCUUCUGCCUCAUCCUCAUCUUCGUCGUCGCCCCACGUUACGGACAAAGGAACAUCCUCGUCUACAUCGUCAUCUGCUCUGUGAUCGGGGCCUUCUCGGUGUCUGCCGUCAAGGGUCUGGGCAUCACCAUCAAGAACUUCUUCCAGGGGAUGCCAGUCGUGCGGCACCCCCUCCCCUACAUCCUGUCCCUCAUCCUCGCCCUUUCGCUCAGCACUCAGGUCAACUUCCUCAACAGGGCGCUGGACAUCUUCAAUACCUCCCUGGUGUUCCCCAUCUACUACGUGUUCUUCACCACCAUCGUGGUCACCUCCUCCAUCAUCCUCUUCAAGGAGUGGCACAGCAUGUCCGCCGUGGACAUCGUGGGCACCCUCUCGGGCUUCGUCACCAUCAUCCUGGGUGUGUUCAUGCUUCAUGCUUUCAGAGACCUGGACAUGAGCCAGACACGCUUGCCCCACAUGCACAAAACCCCCACCCCGGCCCCCGCCCCUGCCCCCGAGCCCACUGUCAUUCGACUCGAAGACAAGAAUGUCCUCGUGGACAAUAUAGAACUCUCCAGGACCCCCUCGCCAGAAGAGAAGCCCAAAGUAUUUAUCGUCCAUUCUUAAAGCUCAGGGAUCUCGAGUGAGGAUGAGCCCUGUGGUACAGCCUGACUUCUCAGUGUGGGAAGUUAUUUUCAGCACAGCUGUUACCCAUGGGCUCUCUUUUCUGAGACAUUCGUUGAUACCUCAUCGCUGUCUCCAGGAGGAAAACCCGUACCCACUGAGUGGUGGGGACAGAACUUCCUGGAAUCACAGCCUCAGUGACCAAACGCCCUGCUUACACUGUUGCCAGCAGGACCCCUGGACCUCCCUUCCCACGUGUUUCCUGGGUGCCAUCUGUAUGUGGGUGGGGAGAAGACAGAAUCUGACCUGUUGAAUGUAGCACUAAGGACUUCCCUGAGAUGUUGGUCGGCAGGAAAUCCUCAGCGCCAUUCUCCUGAGACUGACUUGCCAUUCCGCAGCCCAAAGAUGAGGCUCAGAGAGCGAUCACCAGGCUUCCCUGUCCAGAGACACAGCUCAUGAAAAAUGCCUUGCUGCUUUCGCCGCUUCCUCUUUCUUUGGAGACAGAAGUAAGACCUCAACUGACCUUCUUACUGUGAAAGUCACCUGGUGUCUCAGGGAAACAUUUCCACCAGCCCCACUCCCCAAGCACUCCAGUCGGAGGUCAGCAUCUUCGUUCCCAUGGCCUCCUCCCCCACGCCUGCCCCUUUCCUCUCUCCUUACAUCUUAAGGAGUUCGUCACUGAGACAGUCAGGCAGUUAUCUCAGAACUGAACACAAAGCGACAACCACCACAACAAAAGCUGCUUCACAGCCAAGCUCUGCUGGCCAAACCCAGCGUGUCCUUCUGCCUCAGAGAACAGCAGUUGCACUGCUCUUAAAUGUACCCUGUCGAGCUAUUGGCAGAUGCACUCUUCUUUUCAUCGAGGAGUGGAACCAAAUAUGAUUUGGAAGAUGGGGAGAGUGAAGAGCAAAGUCAGGAUUUGGCAGGAAGCAGCCAGCGGCUCCAUGGAAACCAGGAGCUAACUUUUGUGUUUACUCUGGUGCCCAACCAAUUCCCCAGGCAGAGAGGGCUCUGGGUAAUUGCUGGGCUCCAGCCUUAAAGGCUUGGCCACUGGGACCAGCUUUGAACUUCAGUGACCAAGGGGAGUGUAGGCUUGGCACGGGAGCAUCUGGCUGCUGACCAGGUUGCCACCAAGACCCCAGUUCCACUCAUGAGCUGCCCACCUGGGAAGCAGCGUGUCAUGAUGCUCCAACACCACCUGCUUUGGGGUCUGCCGUCGGUCCCCUCACACUUGGCCAGAGGCAUUCACAAAACAGGAGCAGCUGGGGAGAGAGAUACUUGAUAUCCUUCCUGCAAGUCUGCUUUCCAGCUGCAGGAGAGUGGGAGUUGGUACAAGGACUACUGAAUGGAGCCAAGUAUCUGUAAAGAGGGAGGAGUUGACCCUCAGUCCCUGAGCUGGGGCAGCACCUCCCCUGAGAGCUCCCUGCUGCGCCCUGUGUUUACAUACCACCCCCCAACCCCCCAGCGCAGCCAACCCCAGGCCAGUCUCUUGCCGGCCUUGGAGCUCCCAAGGUGCAUCUGACCAACAGGCUGGCUUCCCGCACCUCCAGCCUCAAAUCCCCAGUUGUUCAGGAAUGGAUUUCUGCCUGUAACUAAAAUCAAUGCACCGUGUUGGAUUUUGGGAAGAGCAGUAAUCUGAGGGCCCUGAGAGUGUGGUCUGCAGGGUCAAGAAUAAAGACCUUCGGGUGUGUUUACUUUA